UUGUGCUGGUUGCGGCACAACAAUAACUGGCUUGCGUCAGUCGGAAUGUUAACAAUAAUGAAGCAGAGUCGCAGAGUUUUGCUGCUCAGUCUGGCUUUAUUGUCUGGCUUUACAGUAACAAAACAAGAUGAUACGCUGAGUGAAAGAUAUAAGAGUGCACCUCAAGUACGAAAUCUAUCUGUUCUUGCGGACCAAAUAACAGAUUUUGUAGAGGAAACCCAACCAUUUACAAGUUCUGCCAAGCGAAUCCCAGCAGGAAACCCACAGGUAAUUCAAGACAUUAAAGUACAAUCAAUAAAGCCUUCUGGUGAUAAAAAUAGUGCAUAUACUAUCACCGCAGAUGAGUUUGCAGAGAAGACUUCUUCGGCUAAAUUAAAUAAAGAGGAGAAAGGAAAGAAGAACAGUGGUUUCUUAUUAAAUGAAGUUGCCCUAGACAUUAAACCUAUCUUCAGUAAAAACAACUUAUAUAAUUCAAACGGUACAUUAUCUACUUCCAAUAAUUCUAAAAACAAUUUUACAAAUUUAAAUGUUAGUUCAGAUUUUAAUAUUGUGACAUCCGUAAAUGAAAACACUAAUAUAAGUAAAUCAAAUUUCUUCACACUUAGUGAGAUAGAGAGAAAUGUGUCCAAUAGAUUGAAAGCACUUGGUAAAAAUCUGGAUAUCAUCUGGAGAAAUAUGAUAAACGAAGCCUGUAGAACAUCAGAGGCAGCUAGCGUAUUGCAAGAUUACAGAGACAAAAUCGCUAUUAGUGAAGCAGCAAAUUUGACAGACUGUGUUAAAAGUGACUUAGAAAAGUAUGUAAACAGGAAGGAAAGCCUCAAAGAAGUGUUUCACACGUGUGAACAGAAUGUGGAAAAAGAAGACUGGAAAGCACUUCAACAAAUGAUCCGGGAUACGAUUGACAACGCUAGUAAUGUUGUUCGAGAAGCAACUAUCUCUAAAUCUACAUUAUCAAAACUUAGCCAAGAUUUUGAAGAGAAAGUGUCUACGAUUGAAAAUAAGGCUAAAUUAAAACUUGAACACAUUUCCGAUGGAGUUGUGGGAAAGUAUCAUGAAGUAGAGAUAAAAUUGUUACCAGUUUAUGAAAAACAGUACAGGAAAUGUAUCGAAGAGGCAACGCAACAUGGAAUAGUUGAUGACACACUAAACGAUAUUAUGCGUAUGAAAAACAACUGUGUUGGGUGACAGUGGUAUUAAUAUUAGCCGAAUUAUUAUUAUGGCAAGUAUACGUGCAUUUAAACACAGUUAAGGAACCUGAUUACCAAAACAUAUUGUUGUUUUGUAUUAUAAGCUACAUUUAUGUUCAUUUAAAAAAGACUAAUAAGAAAAUUGUAGUAAGUAAACUCUAUAACAGCACUGUGGCAGCUGUAAUAAUGAUUAUUUAAACAGUAUUUUGUACUAUUAAAUUCACAUAUUAUAGGUACACAUUAUUACAGUCUUUCACUCGUCUAUGUAUUCCAUAUUGAUUAGUACUUAUAAUAUAUUUGUUAACAGUAAUGUAAUGCCGUUAAA